AUGUCUUCUGUUAAGAAAAAUGACGUUAUCAAACAGAGUGAAAAGUUGCCAAAGACUACUAAAUUGGAAAAAGGAUCAGCUAAAGCACAAGAUCUGGGGAAAGGCAAGAAAAGGGAUUCGAGAAAGAAAUCGACUGCAUCUGAGGGUGACAACAUGGAUCCUGCAGAGGUGAAUGACCUUGUGGUAUGUAACCUUUGCAAACAAGACAUGUGCUCACCGAAGCAUUUGCCCUGUCUUCAUACGUUUUGUGAAACAUGUAUUACAAAGCACAUAAAACAAGAAAAGGCGCAAUCGACCAACAUGCACGUGGUUUGUCCAACAUGUGAGUACCAUAUAUCCGUACCAAGGGCUUCAGACGAAACAAAAACAUUUGCGGAAAGUUUACCUGUCAGUACGUUGGUUUCGUCACUUCUAAGUAAGAAAGAUUUACACCAGAAAAAGUGUAAACGCUGCAAACAACACGGGCGUGACACUACGGCCGAUAACUGGUGUGCGUAUUGUGCACAGACUCUCUGCGAUGAACAUUUAGAAUACCACCUUUCGUUGACUAGCAACCGACAUCCCGUCUUUGAUGUUGAUGAGGUCAUUAAGAACCCGGAUAUUGGAUUUGCAUCUAAGAAGUGUAAAUAUCAUGAAAAAGAGGACAUGAAGUUAUUUUGUAAUGACCAUUGGAACAUUUGUUGUAAUAUUUGCUCCAAACGACUCCAUGGAAUGUGUAACACUUGUCUGAUCGAACACGACACAUCAACCAUCAAAACUCACAGCGAGAUUACUAACUUGAAAAGAAAACUAGAAUCCAUAUCGACACACACAGAGAAGAUGAGGCAGGACAUCCUUAGCAAUAUCGAAUCUAUGAACAAACAAGUGAGUUUGGAGAAAGAAAACAUCAAAGAGUUCCGUCUUCAGAUCAACAAACAAUUAGAUGAUCUUGAACAACAACUGUGUCACGAGUUAGACCAAGUGCACAGUGAAAAAUUAAAGGAACUGGAGCGCGAAGCCCAUAUAGUUGACAUGAAACAUCAAACGUCUUUGAUGUAUAAAACCAUGCUUUCAGUUGUUCUAAAAGAUGCUUCCAACAUACAAUCGCUUUCUAAUCUGGCUGAUAUCCGACACAAUGCGCACAGAUUGGAAGAUGAGCUAAGACUAGAUAAAUAUAAACUUCAAAAGAUUGCGAUUCAAGUUAGUCUAAGUCACGAGACUUUUAAGAACAUUUUCAAGAUAGGAGUUGUAGCGCCUAAAUAUUCUAGAUUACGUAAUUCCCAGUCGCCAUCACGUCAAAUGAGCGUUUUGUCAAAAAUGUCUUCGCCUCGUGCGGGUGUAAAGUUCAACAUAUCUCCACGAAUAUCACAGCAAUAG